AUGUACCAACUCCAAUCGAAAAGUGUCGACCUCAGAGCCGCUUCCAGACUUUUAUCCAUUAGUUUGUCAGAACUAAGGUAUUUGCGAAAUUCAUGGGAGUCAGUUCGAAUGACCGCGAAUGCCUUUGCUGCAUCAUGGGGCAUUCCCAUUGAGUUUGAGAAACGACGUAAGCGUGGGGUAAAACAAUUCUUCGACGAAUUGGCUUCCGAUUCUAGGAUCGAGUAUUCAGAAAGAGCUUUUAAAAUAAACAUCUUUUACAGAACCAUUGAUGUUGCUGUAGCACAGAUAGAAGUGCGUUUUAAAGGAAUGCAAAUGGUCGCAGGGAAAUUUGAUUUUCUGUUCCCAAGAAACUUCGUCAAACUGGAGGUCGCCGAAAUUAAAGUAGCCACCUCGAACUUACAACGUGUAAAUGGCGAAGACUUUGAUGGUGAUGACCUGGAAAGAGAGGUUCGUUCGUUUCAAGUUGAAUUUCUUGACGAAUUAAAAGCGGAAGACGUUAUCUCGGUAUCAAGCAUUCUUGAAAUCAUUUACAAAGCCAGAAUUGCUUCCUCCUUUCCACAGUUAUGCAAAUUGCUAUUGUUAUUCCUAACCAUUCCUGUGACAGUAGCAUCUGCAGAAAGAUCCUUUUCAAAGCUGAAGAUCAUUAAAUCUUAUUUGAAGAGUUCUAUGGCUCAAGAGCGCCUUGAUGGGUUAACUUUGAUUUCAAUAGAGAACAAAGAAAUAACUCAAACAUUAAAAGAUAAAGUCAUUAAUCAUUUCGCUUUUGUUAAUGCUAGAAGGAAGGACAGAUUUUCUCGAUAA